ACAUAACCUGAAAUUCUAGAAAUGUCUGGAAAAUUGGGUGGAUGUAAAGUGGUGUAAAACAGCCGUAUAGUUAGUGAUUUAAUUUUAAUUUACCACACAUGUGUUCAUGACUAAUUCCUUGAUAAAACUGCGUGAAAAUGGCAAAAUCGUCGCUUUCUCAAAGUGGUGCAACCUCGGAAAGUUCAGAGGGAGAGAACAGUGAUUCAGAUUUGGAAAAAUCGUCGAAAUCGUUGUGUGUUAUGAAGAAACAGCCGCGAAUAUCGACGCCGAUCAGUCUUUUGAUAGAAUCUUUGGUUAUGAACAUCUGUACGAUCUAUGAAACAGAUGCUCAGAAAGCCAAGGAAAUGUAUAAGUUAAUUUGCAGUAAACUGCAUAAAAUGAGGAUGAUAGACGAGAGCUACAACAUGAACGAGUUUGAAGGGAUGAGGAGUCAGCUGCAAAAGGGUUUCAUACAUUUGAUAACAGCAAAUCAAAACAAAAAGUUGACUUUGAUGAAACCGACAUGGCCUAAGAACGACAUAACCGACUCGCACUACCUGAGAGAGUUUGAAGAGGUGGAAUACAUAGCCGGGGGAGGGUUCGGGCAAGUUUUUCUAGUCAGGCAUAAAUUAGACGGUACAAGCUAUGCAAUGAAAAAAAUACCCAUUCGUUGUGAAGGUAUUGAUGCUGUGCGUUCCUACUUAUCGGAAGUUAAAACUUUUGCUAGCUUAAACCACUCGAAUAUAGUACAAUACAAAGCUGCCUGGUUGGAAAUCGUUCAAGGCUGUUAUAAUAAUAACGCAAUAAAAACCAAUAGAGAAACGCAAAAUUCCAAAACAAGUCACGUUGAUGAUGAAUAUGUUUUCUCCAAAGACGUAACUUUAUCAUUCUCAGAGAGACAGUCUCAAGACACGGACUUCGAAAUAGACUUUGAACGUAGCCUAAGCAAUAUCCGUAACCUAACCUUAACAACAAAAUCAAGAACUAACCUCACAAAAGACAAAUCUAAGAGUGCUUCGGAUAUAAACGCUUUGUGUAAAGUAAAUUUCAACAAAAUUCAAGAGUUAAGGAUUAUUAAAAAACCCAUGAAAUGGGCUACGUUAUACAUACAGAUGGCACUGUGUCAGUCAACUUUAAAACAAUGGUUGGAGAAAAGGAAUGAGAUUGAAAGAAACAGUAAAGGUGCAUUAGUUCCUAUAAACAAUCAAAAAGUUAGGUUUAAGACGAAUAUGGAGAUUUUAAUGCAACUUUUAAAGGGUAUCGAAUACAUUCAUUCCAAGGGGAUCGUGCACCACGACAUAAAACCCAGCAACGUGUUCAUCCAGCCCGACGACGGCAACAACGUACUGGUGCAGCUGGGCGAUUUCGGCCUGGCCUGCCCUCUGCAGAGCGCGCGGCACACCUUGGCCUUCGGCACCAAGCUGUACGCCGCUCCCGAGCAGCUGGCGGGCGAGUGCGUCGCCAAAAGCGACCUCUACUCCCUCGGGAUCGUCCUGUACGAGCUCGUAGAGACGUUCCACACCGACAUGGAGCGGGUGGGGAGCGUCACCGAGCUCCGCAGGGGCGCUUUAGAUGAGGGGUUGAGGCUACGAGAGCCCCUAUUGGUCGGCAUCGUGGCCGAGCUCACCGCCGCCAACUGGCAGGCCCGCCCAGCCGCCUCCGAUCUGCUCAAGAGGGUCGAAAAGACCGAAGAGAGCGAACAGAUUGAAAACUUAAAGAGGAUUUUGGCCGAUAAAGAGAGAGAGAUCAGUCAGCUGAAGGAGUUGCUCAAAACUCACGGCAUUAAUGGGCCCCAUUAAUGUCAAAAAGAAUGUCUUAAAAUGUCCUUACAUUUAAAGAACAUGUUAAGGUCUGUGAAGAAACUUUCCAUCAACAAUAAAUUGUCAACUGAACCUCUGGUACUUAACUGAGAUUCUUACAACUGUGUCAUUACCUUAACAGUGAAAAAUAUCUCACCAAGUCCAAAAUACGGUUCCAUAAAAACUUCCACUUCUACAUCUUUGUUAUUACAUUAGAUUAAAAAGUGGGGGUAGACAACUUUUUGAGACUGAAAUCUAAUUGCAUUGUAGCCUUGACAUUUUAGUACAAUAAUUUUUAAAAAGAUUUUUAUUACAAAGUGAUAUUUAUUGUAAUAAUCAUCAGUGAUAUUUUAUAUGUAGGUGCAUAAGUGUGAAUUUAAAUUAUUUUACACAAAUUUUCUUGCAAAGAAAAUAAACUCGAAAUGUUGAUUUAUUUUAUAAUAAAAUAUUUCAAAGAUA